AUGGGGGCAGCCAUCUCCCAGGGGGCCCUCACUGCCAUCAUCUGCAACGGCCUCCUAGGCUUCUUGCUGCUGCUGCUCUGGGUCAUUCUCUGCUGGGCCUACCACUCCCGCUCUGACAACAUCGACUCCCUCUCCAAAUCCAGUCCCAACUCCAGCCCUGGCCCCUGGCCCGAGAAGGCGCCACUGGCCCAGAAGCUCAGCCAUGAAGGCAGCUACCUGCUGCAUCCCUGA